CGUGGUCAUAAUGAAAGUUGCCCAAUUUUGACCUAUAAAGAAACCAACCAACAGCGUCUGCUAUUCCUCCUAUUUAAUCUUGUGUCGAAUACUGAAAUCCCCCCACUCAGUUGUUGGUAGGUGAAAACCGAGUCCAAAAUAAAAAAAUAUCUUUUCAGAUUCGUUGGAUAUUACCUACUUAUAUAAACAUCAAAAAUUUCAGUCAAUUUUGAAUAUAACUCAGAUCUCAGAUUGUUUUCAUUCCAAACCAAAUUUCACAACUCAAGCAAUUUUCCACAGGUGAUAAAAAUGGCUCCACCACUCACUAGAAUAGGUCUUGCUGGAUUAGCUGUUAUGGGCCAAAAUCUCGCCCUCAACAUUGCAGACAAAGGCUUUCCAAUUUCUGUUUACAACAGAACAACCUCCAAAGUUGAUGAAACUGUUGAACGUGCCAAACAAGAAGGAGACCUCCCUCUAUACGGUUUCCAUGAUCCUGAAUCAUUUAUUAAGUCCAUCCAGAAGCCUCGUGUUGUGAUCAUGCUUGUUAAGGCUGGGGCUCCAGUUGAUCAAACCAUCAAAAUCCUUUCUGUCUACUUAGAGAAAGGUGAUUGUAUUAUUGAUGGGGGUAAUGAAUGGUAUGAGAACACCGAGCGGAGGGAGAAAGAAAUGGCUGAAUUGGGUCUUUUAUAUCUUGGUAUGGGAGUUUCAGGUGGUGAAGAGGGCGCUCGACGUGGUCCCUCUAUGAUGCCCGGAGGAUCCUUACAGGCAUACAAAAAUAUAGAAGAUAUUCUUCUUAAAGUAGCAGCUCAAGUUCCUGAUAGUGGUCCAUGUGUUACUUACAUAGGUGAAGGAGGAUCAGGAAAUUUUGUGAAAAUGGUUCACAAUGGAAUCGAAUAUGGUGAUAUGCAACUAAUUGCCGAGGCGUACGAUGUACUAAAAUCAGUCGGGAAACUUUCAAAUGAGGAGUUACACCAAGUUUUCCUGGACUGGAACAAAGGGGAGCUUCUUAGUUUUUUGGUUGAGAUCACUGCGGAUAUUUUUGGAAUUAAGGAUGACAAAGCAGAUGGCCAUUUGGUUGACAAGGUUUUGGACAAAACUGGCAUGAAAGGUACUGGUAAAUGGACCGUCCAACAAGCUGCAGAUUUAUCAAUUGCAGCUCCAACUAUAGCUUCUUCAUUGGAUGCAAGGUUCCUUAGUGGGUUAAAGGAAGAAAGAGUAGAAGCUGCUAAAGUUUUCAAAUCCGCUGGAUUUGGUGACAUCUUAACUGAUCAAGCUGUGGACAAAAAGAAGUUGAUAGAUGACGUGAGACAAGCUCUAUAUGCAUCGAAAAUAUGUAGUUAUGCGCAGGGGAUGAAUCUUAUUCGCGCUAAGAGCAUCGAAAAGGGUUGGGGCUUGCAAUUGGGUGAGCUAGCUAGGAUUUGGAAGGGAGGUUGCAUUAUCCGUGCCAUGUUCUUGGAUCGUAUCAAGAAGGCCUACGACAGGAAUGCUGAUCUUGCAAACCUUCUCGUUGAUCCAGAGUUCGCAAAGGAGAUCAUUGAGCGUCAAGCUGCUUGGCGCCGAGUUGUUUGUCUUGCCAUCAACUCAGGUAUCAGCACUCCGGGUGUGUCCACUAGUUUAGCUUAUUUUGACACUUACAGGAGGGAUAGGUUGCCUGCGAAUUUGGUCCAGGCCCAAAGAGAUUAUUUUGGAGCUCACACUUAUGAAAGGACUGAUAUGGAAAGAUCCUUCCAUACUGAGUGGUUCAAGAUUGCUCAACAGUCAAAGAUCUGAGGCUUUGUCUCUCUAUAGUCCUCAAUUGAGUAAUUCAUGAUUAGUCUAAUAAUGUUUUUGGAGAUUUGGUUUAUCCAGAUAAGAUUUAAGUUUUUCAAGCUGUUUGUUUGUGUUUCUUUCGUGUUAUGACUGUUCAUUUGCAGAACUGCUACCAUAUUGAUUAUGUAUUAAGUUUCUAAUCUCUUCCCAUUUAAAGCAGUUCCAUAUCUA